ACGCUCGUUCUGCCUACACGAACACAAAUCCAAACCCUCAAACCUCUUCUCUCUCCUCUCUCUCUCUUUCUCUCUCUCUACUUUUCCGUGCUUUAUCCUAUCCAGGGUUUCCUCCCCUGCACUCCAUUUCCUGCUUCUCGUCCUUCUCCUUCUCCGUCGCACACUGUGAGUCUGCAUUGUUCGUUUCUCAGGAAAAUCAUGAGUGAAAUCGGGAGAGAAAACGUGUCCGAUAUGCGCUGAGGAGAUGGAUUUGACGGAUCAGCAGCUGAAGCCGUGCAAAUGCGGUUAUGAGGUAUGUGUUUGGUGUUGGCAUCACAUUAUGGAAAUGGCAGUGAAUGAUGGAAAGGAGGGUCGCUGUCCAUUAUGCCGUACACCUUAUGACAAAGAAAAAAUUGUUGGAGUGGCGGCAAAUUGUCAAAAGUUGGUGGCUGAAAUUAAUGUGAAGCGGAAACAGAAGAAACCCAAGGGAUCUGAAGUAAAGAAGCAGCAUCUUACUGAUGUUAGAGUUCUCCAACGGACCCUAGUAUAUGUGAUUGGAAUACCUCUUAACCUAGCGAGUGAAGACCUUCUCAAGCGAAGGGAGUAUUUUGGCCAGUACGGAAGGGUUUUGAAGGUUUCUGUCUCUCGUACAGCAAAUGGGGCUAUCCAACAGGCUCCGAACAACAGUUGUUGUGUGUAUGUAUCAUACUCAAAAGAAUAUGAAGCAGCUCGGUGCAUUCAAUCAGUACACAGUUUUGUGUUAGAUGGUCGAUGCUUGAGGGCAUCUUUUGGAACCACAAAGUACUGCCAUGCAUGGUUGAAAAGUGUGCCUUGCAACAAUCCAGAUUGUUGGUAUUUGCAUGAUUUUGGUUCUCAGGAAGAUAGUUUUACCAAGGAUGAAUUGCUUUCAGCCUUUGAAAGGAGUAAGGAUCACCAAAAUAUUGGUGUUACAAAUAAUUUGAAUCGGCAUUCAGUGAAAGGCUUACCUCCCCCAACUGCUGAGAAUAGCAAAGCCGAAAGAUCAUCAGCUACUAAUCAUCCAUCAAAUAUUACUGGGAAUGAGGUUAAGAGUUAUCGUGCAGAUGGUGACCCCAGAACAUCUAUUCCUGCAAUAGCACCUUGGGUCAUGCAAGUCACCCCUAGUGUGCCCCCAGCAACAAGUUCUCCAGGUUCUGAAAGGCCUCUUUAUCAAAAUCCUGAGAAAUCAAGUGAUCUUCAUCCCCUUUCAUCAGAAGUGGUACGCAAUGAAAGUUCUACCCACAGUGUAAGAUCUGAAGAAAGCCAUGAGUGGCUAAUGACCGAACAGGUUAUCACCAAAAAUGGUCAAGCAGCUAUAUCAAAUACAACUUCUGGAGCUCUAGCAGAAAGAGCUCCGGUCAGUGUAACUUCCAACAAAAACUUAUGUUGUCCAUCACCAAACAAUGGCAUUGAGCGGGGUAGCAGAGCAACAUCCACCAACUUGAUCAGCAACAAAAACAGUUAUUGCUCAUCAUCAAACUUACCAGAUAAAUCCAUUGAUAGCCAAGGCAGUAGCGUUGCUGAAUUGUAUAGAACAUAUGAACCUACCAGUGUGUUACCUGAGAUGGGAUUAGGGAAGUACUCGAGAGGGUGUGAAACCAAUAAGCCCAGCAUUCACCGCAGUCUUUCUCCAGAUAUUGGAGAGAGUGGCAUAAUCUCAAGUAUUUUGACCAUGGACUUGGAUGCACCUGACGGUUCUUUAUCUCCUCUUCACAAUCUUGUAAAGUUGUUGAGUGAAACUGAUAAAGAGUGCAGUCUCCUCAGAGUACAAAAUUCACGAAAACUGCUUGAUAAAAAGCAGUCCAGGUUCUCAUUUGCUCAACAAGAGGAUUCUUGUGAUAAUGAUAUAUGGAACGCAUCCAAGGACUACGCCUUAUCUGGUUUGAUGGGCAACAGGGAGUACUUUGUAGAUGUAGAGUCUAAUAAGUUUCUUGGGGUUCCUUCUUUUACGUCUUCUAAAGUAUCAGAAGUUCCUCGUUCAAUUGCGCCAGGAUUUUCAGUGCCAAGUAGAGCACCACCUCCAGGGUUUUCUUCUCAUUUGAGGCCUAGGAGGGUGGAUCAGGCUUUUGACAGUUCAGUGAAUCACUUGUUGCAACCAUCAUGUAUACCAACUGGUUAUUCUGGUAUUAAUGGGAAUGUCGAGAUCAAUGAUCCAGCAAUUCUGCAAGUCAGUGAGGAACUAUUGGCAAGAGGGUUGAGUAAGAGGGCAAAUUUAUCUCAGUUUAACUCUUCUGAGCCAGAUGCUAGGCUCCAUAUGCUGAGACAGCAGACAACUUCUGCCCCACAGAACUUAGGAUGUCAAGACCACUUCAUGAAUAGUUACUCUUACCUAAAUGAUGCACAAAGAAUUACUCCACAGCAGCCAGAUCAAUUCCAGCCCAAUCCAUCUUCUUCAUUUGUGCAACCCACCAGUCAACACUUCAGUGACAUGCAUUUAUCAAAUAAUGAUUGGGUGCAAUGGAAUCGGGUCAAUAGUGUUGCCGAUCUUGGUAUAUCAGAUCUACUGAGAAACAAUCGACUGGGAUUUAACAAGCUCAUUCCCUGUUAUGAGAAUAUGCAGUCUCCAACAAGUUACUUUAGUCAUCUAAACAACAGAUCAUUUGAAAUGUGAAAUUUUCGGUUGCUGGAGUUUCUCUUUCACGCUUGACUGGGGUCAAGUGUGACUGAGUGGAUUACCCGGUUGAUGUUAAAUUUUCCCAUGUGAUGGAGCUUCAUGUUUUGAGUUCUAUCCAAAGUUAAUAAGUAUUGCCUAGUAAGGAUCAACCUUUGUCUUUCUUUUUGUUGGAAUUUGAUGUUUCCCGAAAAGACAGUAAUGGGUUUAAGGAUUACUGCAUUGACAGAAUGGAACACACAGUGGGAAGGAGGUUUAUGCAUUCAUUUGGUAGUAAUAGGCCUCGAGUAUCAACAUUCCUGGUCUGUCUGGGUAAGUGUCAAUGCAGUGAAAAGUCUCCAUAUAGCGAAGGCACAUGUUACCUAAGCAAGGAAAUGGAUAUGCUAUCAUUGGUAUGAGGGAACACAGAUGGGCCGCUGCAACUUCUAAAAGCAAGGCAGAGUUGAGGGCACUGAUAUAAACAAGGCCGUCCGUCUUUGUUUACUCAACUCGGUGGAUGAAUCUGAUGUUACCCAAUAUCGACCUUUGUUAAAGAUUGAUUACUUUCGCUAGUGAGCAAGUGUAUAAUUAUGACAAAUGAAUGCUGAACUGAAAGUUGUGUUGGUGGUACUGAUUUGGCUGAAUGUUAUGGCAUAUACUAUCAGACCGUUAAGUAGGGGAGAACCUUGGCUAUCCCCGAGCGUGUACACCCGAUUCCGGUUAAGAUGUUCUGUAUUAAGUAAAGUACUCUAGAAGUAUCAUUUGUGUGCA